AGCGGAGGCGCAGGCGCAGCCGGCCGCCGCUGCAGGGAUCUUCGGGACCCUUCCGGUCCCCGCGGCCAAUCCGUGCACGGCCGAGCGGGCUGACCGACGGGAGCGGAGGGAGCGGAGGGAGCCGCCGCCGCCGCGCAGGGGCGUGGAGGGCAGGGCGGCCCAGGCCGCAGUUGCAAACAUGGCUCAGAGCAGAGACGGCGGAAACCCCUUCGCCGGGCCCGGCGAGCUUGACAACCCCUUUCAGGACCCAGCUGUGAUCCAGCACCGACCCAGCCCGCAGUAUGCCACCCUUGACGUCUACAACCCUUUUGAGACCCGGGAGCCCCCACCAGCCUACGAGCCUCCGGCCGCUGCCCCGUUGCCUCCCCCCUCGGCUCCCUCGUUGCAGCCCUCCCGAAAGCUCAGCCCCACUGAGCCCAAAAACUAUGGCUCCUACGGCACCCAGGCUUCCGCCGCUGCAGCCACAGCCGAGCUGCUGAAGCAGCAGGAGGAGCUGAACCGGAAGGCCGAGGAGCUGGACCGCCGGGAGCGGGAGCUGCAGCACGCGGCCCUGGGCGGCGCGGCCGCUCGACAGAACAACUGGCCACCUCUGCCUUCUUUCUGCCCGGUGCAGCCCUGCUUUUUCCAGGACAUCUCCAUGGAGAUCCCCCAAGAAUUUCAGAAGACCGUCUCCACCAUGUACUACCUCUGGAUGUGCAGCACGCUGGCCCUUCUCCUGAAUUUUCUUGCCUGCCUGGCCAGCUUCUGUGUGACGACCAGCAACGGCUCAGGCUUUGGGCUCUCUAUCCUCUGGGCCCUCCUUUUCACGCCCUGCUCCUUCGUGUGCUGGUACCGCCCCAUGUAUAAGGCCUUCCGGAGUGACAGUUCGUUCAAUUUCUUCGUUUUCUUCUUCAUUUUCUUCGUCCAGGACGUGCUCUUUGUCCUCCAGGCCAUUGGCAUCCCAGGCUGGGGGUUCAGUGGCUGGAUCUCCGCCCUGGUGGUGCUGCAGGCCAACACAGCGGUAGCCGUGCUCAUGCUGCUGGUCGCCCUGUUCUUCACCGGCAUCGCCGUCCUGGGGAUUGUGAUGCUGAAGCGGAUCCACUCCUUGUACCGCCGCACAGGUGCCAGCUUUCAGAAGGCCCAACAGGAGUUUGCCGCUGGGGUCUUCUCCAACCCUGCGGUGCGAACCGCAGCCGCCAAUGCAGCCGCCGGGGCUGCCGAAAAUGCCUUCCGGGCCCCGUGACGCCCACCGGGGCUUCCCCUGCCCUGCCGCUCCGGGCCCCGUGACGCCCACCGGGGCUGCCCCCGCCCUGCCGCUCGAGGGAGCUCACUUAGUCCCCCUCCGCGAGGCCUCUGGGACUUGCUGAGACGCACUGCUAGAGGCCUCCUCUCUAGUGCCCCUGCCCCCACGGCCGUGACUGCUGACCCUGACUUCGGGGUGCGGGGAGCCCACUGUGACCCGGUCUCCGCUUGCCCCGCCCCCCCCCCAGUUAGACCACACUACUGCCACCUCCUACACGCCCCAACCCAGCCUCCCUCUGCUGUGCCAAGGCUGUUGCUUCAGUUAUUUAAAUAAAGAGAAAGUGGAACUGGAACUCAAA